AUGUUGACCCAUCAACACUCCGAGGUGGACAAGCUUGCCGCCACCAGGACCAAGCUGGAGCAAGCUUUGAAGCAGCUUGCUCAAAAAGACCGUCAGAUCGCAGCCUUGACGGAGGAACUGGCGGGGCUGCGUCGAGGAAACUCACCAACAAAUGUGGCUGACGGGUUUUACACCGCGCCCAGUGAUUUGGAAUUUGACGGAGACACCAAUAGAAAUGAGUCCAUGACAGAAACGCUUGCGCCUUCGACGCCCCCAUAUUCCCCGCCACCGAAGUCUUCAAUGACAAUCUGUGAUGAUGGCAUGGCCCAAGAAGAUCACAUGACUGAGACUUUGCCGUUUAUCGAGGACCAAGGAGCGACCCAAGCCGCAUUCAACGACCGCUAUGCACCAGUACGUCAAGAGAAGGUCUGCGGUGAUGGCGGAUGGACCGACACAUACUGUGAUCCAUCUCCUGGAGGCUCAGAUGAUGGUCAUCUUAAGGCUGGAGAUUGGAAGAAUGAUUCUGCCGCCAGUUGGGAUAAUGCUCCCUCCAGCUGGGGCAAUGAGUGGUCCGACAGCCCAGGACCAGCCGGCGCGUCAUUCCAACCUGGUGAGCCCCCCAAAGAGAAGUGGAGGGACUCGAAGCAUCGACCUGAAAGCAAGUCAUGGCUGCAUAGCCUGUCUUUCGGAAAACCAGCUCACACCCUAUCGGACAACGAGUACAAGGAUCUCUUGGACCUACACGUGCUCCCAUUGACGACCCGACUCGAGGACGACGACUGGCUCAACUCGGACCUGGGACAUGUCCGCGUCGACGACGAGCGUUUGUUCCGGCUGCUCACCAGGGGCCGAGAACUUGCGCAGAAAUGCCUCUGGUCGUUCAUGGACAAGAACCGGCCGGACAUCUGCCAGCGCGAGUUCCCGGGAGGCUGGCAGCAAGUCAAGCUCGAGGUUUCCGCCUUGCUCGACACACUGAGGCCAUUCGCACUCAGCUUCCGGCAGAAUAAAUCCGAACUAGCACGGAACGCUUUGUUCGCGGUGGUGCCUCUGAGGCAUCUCACCUGCCACUGGAACCCCGGCGACCUGGGCUGGUUCCGUUCGGCGCCUCGCGUGGUGGACGGGCACCUCAAGAACGUGCAAAAGGUUGCUAUCCACAUUUACGACAAGGAAUGCGCGGCAGAGGCACGGCAGCUCAGGGACGAGGCACGUCAGGCCGUCCAGGAUACUGUGAGCGAGAUAGAGGCGCUCGAGCCGCUGUUUGAUGAGUACGAGUGGAAGUAUCAUCACCAGCAAAUGUUCGAGCAAAUUGAGUACGCGAAGGACCUGAAUACGCCAGAUCUGUUCAGAUACCCGGAGGUACUAGUAGUCUUUAGAGCUGCGGAAGCUUGGUCGCGACAUCGCUCCUCUUCUGGAGAGGCAUUCGAGGAGGACCUGAGACUCCGCGAGGACACCAAUGCGGUGAGGAACCAGCAGGCUCACCAGGGGGAGGAAAAUCACGCAAACGCAGGGAACAAGGAUGAUCCCAUCGCCGAGCAUUCAUCCUUUAUCAGAGUUCUCAGCCGACGCAACACCACGUCUUCCUCACAGAGGUCUAGCCCGAGGCCGUCGGUCACCGCAGAGGAGCAGCAUGUGGUCCGCAGAAACAGCAGUACUUUCUAA